AUGGCCACGGUCAACUCCGGGCUUUCCAUCAAUCGCCUUGCCGGCGCAGUUGGCGCUGAGAUCCACGGGGUCGACCUCAAUCAACUGGACGAUUCCACCACCAAGGCCAUCCGGCAGGCUCUCCUGGACAAUGGUGUCAUCUUCUUCCGCGACCAACAACUCAGCCCCGAUCAAUAUCUGGAGGUCAGCAAGAAAUUCGGCAAGCCGGUCGAGUACCCCUUUGUCAAAGGCAUUGAUGGAUACCCCGAGAUCAUUGAAGUAUUGAAGAAGGAGACAGAAAGAGCUAAUUUCGGUGGAAUAUGGCAUUCCGAUACCGUUUACCAACAAGAACCCCCGAUGGGCACGAUUCUGUACGCGAAGGAGCUGCCGCCUUUUGGCGGAGACACGAUGUUCGCAAGCCAGGUUGCAGCCUACAACUCACUUUCCGACGGCUUGAAGGCGACGUUGAGCAGCCUGACGGGUAUCAAUACCUCUGCCAAAGCAGCCGUGUCUAAGACGCGCGAAGAUCGAGUGGGCGAUUCGGGAAGCAAGGCUGAUGACCUUAUCUCCUACCAUCCAGUCGUCAGAACCCAUCCUGAGACCGGCAAGAAGGCGCUGUUCGUCAACGUUGCACAUACCGAGCGGUUCGACGGAUGGUCGGAGGACGAAAGCACUCCGCUCCUGCAAUUUUUGCACCAACACCAGAUCAAACCCGAGUUCACAUGUCGAUUUAGAUGGAGUGUUGGCAGUGUUGCGUUCUGGGACAACCGACAAGUGCAGCAUUACCCCAUCAACGACUAUCACGGGUACAGGAGGAGUAUGCAUCGGAUUACGCUGGCGGGUGACAAGCCCAAAUGA